AUGCCUGUGUUGGCAGAGACGUGGCUAAGGAAGGCGACACAAGUCAGUGACGGGCAGCACAGUGAGGCGGCUCUAUUGUUCCAACAGAUCAGAACCAAAAGGCUGUACGAGCCCCUGACCACAGGGUUGCCUAUAGAGGUCAAAUUUGAAGAAUAUGGCCGUGGUAUUUUUGCCAAGGAAGACUUCAGUGGUGGCCAAAUGGUAUGGCGGGAGGUUCCAAUCAUUUCUGCGCAGACUAGCAUUUCCCUCAAAGCUCCCGCGUGCAGCCAGUGCGCGCGCUCUCUCCUAACGGCAAUAGACUAUUUCGGCGACGACGUGUUACGAAGUAUGAAACCGGCGGAGAGGAGGGUGGUGGCCAAAUACUGGCCCCAGGUCUCCAUCAUUGAAUGCCCCAAAUGUCAACGCGAGAAAUACUGCAGCGAGGAUUGCCUCAAAGCGGCCUGGUAUCAACACCACCAAGUUCUCUGCCCGAAGAAGAACAAAGCCGCGGUGGAGCUCUACGAUUUCUGCGAUAAGGGCGAGUUGUGCACUGAGGGAUACUGGAGCGCCCCCUUCAGUCCAAUGUCCGUCGCUCGGAUCUGGGCCGCGGUUAUUGCCGACGUUCGGCGCGCCGUCAAACAGGCGAGGGAGGAUGGCGCAGACACGGAUGAACCCACGGUUGAGAUGUGGGCACACGCUAAGGCACCUUACCGCCGCUUUAUCGCAUACGGCAAAGCGGGACACGCUGAAUGGGCGCACAAGAUGGUGGAUCUCAUGAAUCGUGUUUUCAACAAUUUCCCCGAUGGAAUCAACUAUAAGAUAGACAAUCGAGAGUUUGAGGGUCGGUACUACCAAGUCGCCUGCAACUGCCAAUCCUUUUCCGACCCACUGACGCCAUAUCGACGCUUCCUCUCCCGUAUGAAAGUGGACUCCAACAGCAAGCACGUGGUCCCCUAUAUGGCUAGUAUUGGUGAACCGAAAGAAGCAGUCUUCGGAGGACUUUUCGCUCUGCACGCUUGUCUAAACCACUCCUGCGACAACGACGUAGAGAUCUUGGACUGCGAUGUCGGAGGCUUUCCCGGAAUCGGUGUCCGCGCCCGACGGAAAAUCGCAGCGGGACAGGAACUCUUCUCCACGUACAUUGACACCAGGACCCCCAGGGCAGAGCGUAGGGCCUGGCUGUUCCGGGCGUAUAAUUUUUGGUGUCAAUGUAGACGUUGUCAGUUUGAAGGGGACGGCCCUGAAGAGUGCUCACACUGCGGGAUCAAGCCCGAACAGGGCAAGUAUUUUCUCGGAUGCGCGAACUGUAAGAGGGCAUGGUACUGUACUCCGAAGUGUCAAAAGAUCGCCUGGAAGAAAGGCCAUAAAAGAAUAUGCAAGACGAAGCAUUCUGAUGUAGUCUCUUCAGUAGAGGAACCCGUGAGAGAACAGAUUAGGAAGUUAGCCGAUUUGUUUUACAAGGAGAUGCCAAAACAUUUAUCUAAGCCAAGUGAAUCAAAAUGA